UAUAAAUACUAAGAUUUGGAAAUACUAUUACAAAGUGCUACCUUUCGCUGGGCCCAAAAGUUUUCUGCAGGUGAACCGAUAGUACGGUAGAGUGGGAAGCAUCGACGAAAUCGUGGUGGACUAACGGAAACGAAAUUGUGGAUUGUGGGCAGCUGAAAUUUCGAUUAGGCGGGGAGCAUAUACGGAGUGGCGAGCAUCGCAGAUAGGGAGACGAAAUCUUUGAUAUGUAUUUGUAGAAGAGGCCACGAUAAGUAGAAGCAUGACUCAAAGCCAGAAUGAUGAUGAUACAUCAUCUAGCAGUAAGAGGAUCAAGACUUGUCACAACCGUGGUGUGGCACCUUGGUCGGACCUUCACCAUGAUGCGCUUUUUAUAGUUAUGAUGCAACUGGGAAUUGUUGAUUUUGUUGCAUUCAGCAAAGUCUGCAAGUCAUGGAGGUCACAGGCACUCCCUAACAGGAAAAGGUUUAUGGCAUCCAAACCACCGAUGUUGAUGUAUAUCUCUAGUCAUGUUAAUAUGAAAGAGUGCUACCUACAAGACUUUGAAGGAAAAAACUUCAAGACAAUACUUCCUCAUUCUGGUGGCAGGAUCUAUGCUGGAUUUACUUGUGGUUACUUGAUCUUGUAUGGGUGGGCAACCAGGGACUUCUGGCUUGUGAAUCCUAUCACAAGGCAUGAACUUUAUUUCCCUAAUGUCCCUUCGAAUGUCUAUAGCGGUGAAUCAAAAGUCAGUGCUAUUCUUAUCUUUUCAUCUUUAACAUCUAAAUUGGUGUUUCUUGUUCUAAAGAGAUUCAACCAUCGAAUAUGGUUUUCUACAGCGGGUGAAGGAACAUGGAAUCACGUGUACACCACCUCCUUCAUCCUUGAUAUACAUGCUUUUAAGGGGAAGAUAUAUACCCUAAACUACGAUAGAUAUGAUUUGACCGAACGAAAUUUAUGUGAAUUGAGACUCAAUCCAACGCCCAAACUGACGACACUCAAAACCAAGAAUUCUCUGAAGCAAGAAGUCUAUUACCCAAUGUUUGUAAGUUCGGGUGAAAACCUGUAUGUGAUGGAAACCUAUUCCAAAGAUUCGUACAAGGUUCUUGAAAUGGAUUUUGGAGAAAUGAAAUGGGUGCCGUUUGAAAAGAACAGAGAUGAUUACACAUUUUUUAUUAGUGGCUCGAAGCCUGGUGCUGCUGUUAAACAAGAUUUGUGGGUUGAGGCUCAGUCACAGUCACCAUACAUGAGAUAUGAUGUUACUGAUAAAUGUGAAAAAGGGAGGUUCUUUACUGCAGAUCUGUGGUACUUCCCUCAUAAAUGUUUGAAUGCUGAUCUUUUAAAUGAGUGAUGAGUUGUUAGCACUCUUCUAUAUAUAUAUAUAUAUAUAUAUA